AUGUUGCAGACUCAGACUCAACACGUUUUUUCCCAUCAACAUCAAUACCCGCAAGCCGAGCCGUCGUGGCUGCAUCAGCAGCAGCAGCAACACCACCAGGCCCAGCAUCAUCAACAGCAGCAGCAGCACUCAUCGCUAGCCGCUCAGCAACAUGCCCAGGCUGCCGCUGCCGCUGCCGCCGCCGCCGCCGCUCAACAGCAACACUACAACCGCAUCGCGAUGGCAGGAGGAAGCGGAUCCGGCGCUGGCAACCAGGCACAGGGUUCAGGCAACAACGCCGCGGGCCUGAACGCAGAUGGCUCAUCCCUUUCGGCCGGUGCUGGUAUGGAUGGAAACAUUAGCGAGGAGAGCCGCAAAGUCUUUAUUUGGGUCGCAGAGCUGCUUGAUCCCAAUCGACGAGAAACUGCUUUGAUGGAACUCAGCAAGAAGCGCGAACAAGUCCCAGAACUCGCUCUUGUCAUUUGGCAUUCCUUUGGCGUCAUGACUGCUUUGUUGCAAGAGAUCAUUUCCGUCUAUCCUUUGUUGAACCCUUCGCAGCUGACUGCCGCUGCCUCGAACCGGGUCUGCAACGCAUUGGCGUUGCUUCAGUGUGUUGCGUCUCACAACGAUACACGUACUCUAUUUUUGAAUGCACACAUCCCGUUGUUCCUCUAUCCCUUCCUCAAUACUACUUCCAAAUCUCGUCCAUUUGAAUAUCUACGCUUGACUUCCCUCGGUGUUAUCGGUGCGCUUGUCAAGAAUGAUUCCUCCGAUGUGAUCAACUUUCUCCUCACAACCGAGAUCAUUCCCCUCUGCCUUCGCAUCAUGGAGACGGGAUCAGAGCUCAGCAAGACUGUUGCCAUUUUCAUUGUGCAGAAGAUCCUUUUGGAUGACUUGGGCUUGAAUUAUAUUUGCGCCACGUAUGAGCGCUUCUACGCCGUCGGCACUGUUUUGAGCAACAUGGUGACUCAACUUGUUGAGCAGCAGACUGUGCGGCUGCUAAAACAUGUCGUCCGUUGUUUCCUAAGACUUAGUGACAACAGCCGCGCCCGCGAGGCCUUGCGACAGUGCCUUCCGGAACCUCUCCGAGAUGCGACUUUCUCAUCCGUGCUUCGCGACGAUGCUGCUACCAAACGUUGUUUGGCGCAAUUAUUAAUCAACCUGUCAGACAACGUGGAUGCCGGAAGUGCAGCCGGUGCUGCCAUGUAA